CCUUCUUGACGGACCGGUGGCAAAGGGUCGGGGAGGGACGGACGCUCGUAGAAGAGCUGACUAGCUUCAGUGACGUACCGAGACAGGGUGGCUACCGAAACUAAUCAAAAGGGCCGUCCAGUACCUGAACCAUCCAUCGGCUUUAUGUGCAGGGCCGAUCAAUCAGACUCCCGUUAACCUCCGGAAGACGCGCGGACGUGUGAUUCAUCGUCUACGGGUUUUGUGACUGAUGAUCGGCGACAACAUGGCUGAAUGUAACGUUAGCAUCGACCAGGACAAACUACCUGGAGUGAAAGAGGGUAACGUCCGUCACGUAUUUACUGGCUGAAUGCGAGGCGUGCUAACGGUGUGCCGAGACUUUGCUGUGCUGGAGGACCACUGUCUGGCCUACAAUCUACAAGAACAAGAAAUUGAGAGCCACUUGGCGUCCAACGUCCAUAAGAGCCGCCUGGUGCAGAAGGACCUGCAGGUGGCAAAGAAGCUGCAGGAGGAAGAGGAUCAGAGGGCCAAGGUCCAUAUCCGGAAGCAGCGUGACGACAUAGAGCGACAAGAUACUGAGAUUGCGCAGGAGAUUCAGGACCGACUGGUUCGACAGGCAGAACAACAGCGAAAGCAGGAAGAGAAGGAUGCCGCCAUCGCCCGUAAGAUCCAUGAAAGGGAGAUGAAGGAUGAAAGGAGGAGGCAGAAGCAGCUGGAAGCCAACUUUGAGGAGGAGUACUUUGAGGAUCACGGAGCUAAAAGGAGACCUCUUGACUUGGACAAAGACACCCGUCGCACUACUCCAACAAGCUACCACCGUGAAUACUCUCCAAAUUAUAACUCGAUAGAAGCUAAAAGGAGCCGGCACCCAAAACAAGACCCAGCAUCACCUCGCGGCCGUUCCAAGUAUGCUGACAACUGUCUUGGGGUGGAGGAAGUACGCAGCAGGCAUGCAGAUCCAAGCCCAAAUAAUCUGCAUCAUUCCAGAAGCAGGCACGGGGACAGGUACCCAGAGUAUGAACCCACAGAGCUUGGCAGAGCCAGGAGCCCUAGAGGGGAGGAUGAAGACAGUGUAGUAAAGCGAAGGGAGAGACCAGCCAGACCACCUCCACCGGCACAGUUCGCUACGGAGAGAGGCAGGGACACCCACCGGGACCGAGAUAGAGGCAGGGACAGGGAACGGGAGAGUCACACAGGAGAAGACCAGAGGAGAGAGGGGGAGGCAGGAAGAGGAAGAUACAGGGAAAGAUCUCAAGAUAAAGCCCUGAGUCAGGACAGACUCCAAGAGAGAGACCGACAAAGACAGAAAGACAGACAACGUGCAAGAACGAGAAGCAGCGAGAGGGAUCUUGAGGAGAAUUAUUUGGAGCUAGGACACAGGAAGAAUGGGAAAGUGGCCAUGACUUCCUGGGAUGGGGAAGAGGAUGAUGGUGAGCGAGAGAAGAGUGCCAGAGGGAGGCAGCGAGUCCACUCUGGCCCGGAUGAAGUGUUUGAAGAGCACAGGAGCUCCAAAGGCAGAGCAGACACCAGGGACUACCUGCAGCCUCAGCAGGAGGAGGAUCAGGAGACAGGCCAUAUUGUGCACAAAGCGAGCGGGGCAUUGGUAGCAGAAACCGAGUCCAAACUGAGCGAAGCCACUAAAGGGAUGAAGAAGCUGGACCUCCGUGAACAAGAGCUGAAGGACAUGGAGGUGGCCAGACGGCUUCAGGAGGAGGAACUCAAGGCAAGCAAGCUGAUGGAGGUCCGCGCGGCCCAAGUGGCGCAGGACGAGGAAAUCGCCCGACUGCUGAUGGAAAAAGAGAAAAAAGAAUAUAGAAAGAAUCGAGAACGGGAGAAAGAGAAGGAAAGAGAGAGGAUGGCCAUGGAUCGGAGGUGGCAAGACGGAGACAACAGGCCAAAUCCGGAGGACGUCGUCCGGCCAAGGACGCGAGAGGAGGCCGAAUACCACAGGCAGAAGAACCAAGUCAAGCCUGCCAGGCCUCCGCAGCCGCGUGCACACGACUACGAGAAUGUGAGCUCUGUCUACAGCUACCCGGACCAGCCUGCUCCUGCCCGCCCUCCCACCAGACCCGAGGCUGCUUACAAAGGUGCCUAUUACAAGCGGUGACUCUGGCUCUCCAGCGUUCUGACAUACUGUCAUCCUAUCGUCUGUAUUUUUUUUUUUCUUCUUUCUUGGUAAUUUAAUCUUUUUAUUUGCGGCCAUUCACACUCGUUUGACCAAAAAUCUUGGGACAAUCUGAUGAGUUGUCAGUGGGACUUGAAUCUCCAGCGUUGACAAAGAGCCUCUGAAGUUCUGGAACAAGACUUGUUGUUUAUUUUUUAUUAUUAUUAUUAUUAUAAUUUGACUGUUUCGAUAACUUACUGACUUAAAAUCAGCCAGAGUAGCAGCCUUGUGACAAAACUCCCAUGAUUCCUAGCUGUCAGAAGAGAAACUGGCCCGUGUCUCUCGCUCUAGUCGUCAUGUGCUGAUGUUGUCCCACCUGUGGACCGUGCCAUCACAAGGGCUCCAAGCCUCUGCUGGAUUUAACCAUGUGAUCUUCAUGGGAUGUGCCUGUUCGCUCCAACGUGGCUGCUGCAGUGUCUUAGCUAACAAUGCAGCUGCUUUACUACACCUCUGCUGCAGCUCUGUCCCCUGUCCCGCCGUGCCACGACGGUACACAGGCCCUGUCCACGUGCCACACAACAACUCUGUCGCUGUAUUCAAACUUAUCACAGUAUAUAAGCCUUUAUAUGCUCCAAAAUGCUGGUACAGUAGAUUGCCACCUACUUCCGGUGCUGAAGACAUGGAGCUUUGUGAUGCAUGGACGUUGAAACUGGCUGUAGGCUGUCUCCGUUUUGUGUAUGUGCUUGUGAGGGGCACCUUCGGGACCCCGUCACCCUUAAAGCGAAAGCAGAUGAAGGAUAUUCUCUGUGUGGCUCAUAGUUUAUAUGUGCAUGCUUACUGAAAAUGUACAACUCUGUACAUGCAUUUCAUCUCCAGAUAAAAUCCCCCCUUUACCGUCGAAGGGCUAAAGACACAACAAGCCAAUAAUCUCUUGUCGAAUGAACAAUAGUGUGCUGUACAAUACUGAACAAUACUGUACAUUACUCUCACACUCUAUCUAUUUCAUAUCACUCGUCUUACGAACCAGAACUGGCCCGUCCAAGUCCCAAGAUGAAAUGCAUGUACACUGCUUGGCUCAGACCCUUGUGCUUAUGGUGCAGACAUGCAACUGAGUAUUUACUAUGAAUCAAUCUUAAAUUUUUGAUUAUUCUUGUGUUCAUUCAGAUGCUUUUGAGUAUAUAUUUUUUUUUACUUCUGCACCAUGUGGAUGUUUAGGUUUUACACUUGCGUCGCCAUCCCGGGCUUUUGCAGUAUUGUGUAUCCUUCGAGACUCUCCCACCUUUCUGCACCUGUCUCUCUGCGCCGCCAUACAAAGCUGAGACAACAGAGCAGGCUGGCUAUCAGCUGUUCGCAGCAAUACAGCACAAGCGCUUCCACCAUUCAGUAGAAGUAGAAAAUUCUUUGCUAAUUGCACAUGUUGCCAUAAUUCAGUUUUAAUAUAUGUUUUCGGCUUGUGCUGCUAAGUCGUGUCCCCCCCUUUGUUGACAACAUUCCUAUUGUCUGUGUGGCAGUAUCUGUUCUCCUGAUUUAAGUUUCCUGACGUUGCCUCCAGUCUUUUUCGUGCUGUUUUAAUCUGAAAGGCAGGUUCCACAUCCUGCCUGCAGAAAAAGCAAACAAGCCAACAAUGGCAGUGCAUCUGGAUGGCGGAAAAUCAACCACUGGGUCAGCUGAUAAAAUAAAUAUGUUGUUAUUCAAAGGGACCUAUUCUAGUAUUUGUGCUACUCUCUGAUCCAUUAUUUUUGUUCAUAUUGAAUAUGGAUAAUCAAGAAGAGCCAGUUCAAAUGUUUUUUUUAGUUUGUUUUUGAGUCAACUGAUGUAGUAAAUGUUACUGAAGGUAUAAAUCAGGUCCUUCCAUGUUGAGAGGAAACGUGUUUCUUUCUUUUCUUUUUGUGUGUGUUUCCGAGGAUGUUUUUAAAACGGAUGCGUGCUGAUCCAGUCUGCAGACUGAGCUUUGUGCCAUGCUUGUACUUUUCUUUUCAGGGAUGACAAUGUGGGAAACAAUGUUAUUGAGGAUGUAGCAGAGCCUCGAGCACACCCACCAGGGAGGGGCACCUCGUUCAUUCUGCGAUGAGGGCGCCACCUUGUGGACAUGUUGAGAAUGAUGGGUGUGACAUGGAUCUGAUCGGGAUGUGUCUUUGUGGAUGUUGUGCAUCAGACAUUACUCUGCUUUCUAGUGUACUUCAAAUGUUAAAUGUUCGAUAUAUUGUUUUGUUUUGUUUUUUAAUUCAGGGCUUGUAUGCAAUCGACCAGUCAUGAUUCAACAUGUUUUGGCCCUUACUGUGACAUGUUUUUUUUAAGUUGCUUUUAGUUUAAACAUCUGGAAUUGUAUUAAACGGUAUAAGCCUCA